AGGAUAUAGAAGAUGAAACUGCUGCUCUUAAAGAGAUGCAAGCCAAGGUCGAGAAGGAGAUGGGAUCUGUUCAGGAUCUCGGAACUGCAUCUGCUAGUCAGGUCAACAGAGAGGAGAUAGAUUCUCGUUCAGUCUUUGUAGGCAAUGUUAUGCUUCCAUCUACGAGUUUUCUGCUAUUGUAAUGCUGCCGUUGAAAGUAUAGGAUAACAUAUGGCUGGAGGAGGAAAAAAUUUUCAUUAAGAACUUGAAAUUAACUGAGAGUGAAAAAAUAAAUAUAAAAUGCCAAAAAAAAAAACCUUUGAGGGAUAGAAGCGAGGGUAACAUUAGUUAAGGGAAGUGAUCUUUGAGGUUUUGUGAAUUUUCAUAUUUUGAGAGAAUGAGGGAAAAGAAAUAAUGAACCAAGAAAAAAAGAAAAGGAAAAAAAAAUCAAUUUGUUAUAUUUAAAGAUAAAAAUGAUAAGCCUUUAGCUAGAAGUUUGAAUUAGCAUACUGCCAACUUUUUGCAUUGGGAUUGACUGAGGAAUUGUUAGAUUGGAGAUUAUGAGCCAAGACUCCUACUGGUGAGAAGAGGACAUGCUCUCUAGGUCAAGUACUAUAUGACUUUAUAUCAUUUUGGUUGCAAGUUCAAAGGAUGCUUUUAGUGGUGCCUAGUGCUCGAGAAAUAUGUAGACCUCCUUUUUCCAUGGUGGACUAUUCAUGCACUCCUGAAGAAGUGCAGCAGCAUUUUCAAUCAUGUGGAACAGUAAACAGAGUCACCAUUCGGACUGAUAAGUUUGGCCAACCCAAGGGUUAUGCGUAUGUAGAGUUUAUUGAAACAGAGGCUGUUCAAGAGGCCCUUUUGCUGAAUGAAUCUGAAUUGCAUGGGCGUCAAUUAAAGGUAACAGCUAAGAGGACAAACAUACCCGGAAUGAAGCAGUUCCGUGGCCGCCGACCUAAUCCACACAUGGGAUUUAGAGGCAGACCGCCAUAUGCACCUCCUUUCGCCUAUGCUCCUUAUGGAUAUGGAAAGGUUCCAAGGUUCAGAAUGCCAAUGCGCUAUAGCCCCUACUAUUGAUUGUCCAAUUCUGGUUGGAUGAACAGAAUGCCCCACUUCUCCAUCAUCUAGUACCAACUACCAUAGGGUUUUAGGCAUGCUAUGUGGGAGUUUUCCAACCAUAUAUUCAUCUGAUUGAGUUCUGUCGUUCUGUGAGGAUUAAGCUUUGACUUAAACAGCAAAGUUUGUAAAAUUGUGGUGCUUGGGCCUGCUUUUACUUUGCAUUGCUUUAGUAUAGAAUAUUAAAAUGAAGUUAUUGUAAAAUUAUCCUUGGUAAAUGUGGUAAAUUCGUGGGUUUUGUUUUGA